AUGUUCAGCUCCAAGGAGAAGACGCCCCAGUCCACCGAGGGCGAGGUCACCCCCAACAAUGUCUCCAAGGACGACUUGGAGACGGGGGAGACCGGUCUUCACCGCACCCUUAACGCUCGUCACCUCCAGUUCAUCGCCAUCGGUGGCACCAUCGGCACCGGUCUCUUCCUCGGUAGCGGCAAGGCCAUCGCUACUGCCGGCCCCGUCGGUUGCCUGAUCGCCUUCAUCUUCAUCGGCAGCAUCGUCUACUCCGUCAUGACGGCUUUGUGUGAGAUGGCGACCUACAUCCCCGUCCCCGGCGCCUUCACGUCGUAUGCUUCCCGAUUCAUCGACCCCACCUUGGGCUUCGCCAUGGGCUGGAUGUACUGGUUCAGCUGGUCCAUCACCUUCGCCCUCGAGUUGACCGCCGCUGGCGUCAUCAUUCAGUACUGGAACGACACCUUGAGCAUCGCCAUCUUCAUCUCCAUCUUCUGGGUCGUCUUCACCGCCCUCAACUUCAUGCCCAUCCGCAUGUUUGGUGAGGUUGAAAUGUGGUUCGCGAGCAUCAAGGUUGUCACCAUUGUCGGAUUCAUCAUCUUCGCCAUCUGCAUCAACGCCGGUGUUGGUCAGCAGGGCUACCUCGGCUUCAAGUACUGGGUCGACCCUGGUCCAUUCAACGCGUCCAUUGUCGAGGGUUCCGUAGGCAAGUUUGUCGGCUUCUGGUCUGUCCUGAUCACAGCCGGCUUCAGUUUCCAGGGAUCCGAGCUGGUUGGUAUCGGUGCUGGUGAGACCAAGGACCCCGAGAAGAGCGUGCCCAGUGCUGUCCGCUGGACUUUCUGGGGAAUCUUCAGCCUCUUCGUCGCCACCAUCUUCUUCGUGGGCAUCCUUGUUCCCUCUGACAACCCGUCGCUGCUGCUCGACAGCCAGGAUGCUUCUGCGUCCCCCUUGGUCAUUGCUGCCAAUUUGGCCGGCGUGAAGGUUCUCCCCGAUAUCAUCAACGCCGUGCUCCUGACCGCUGUCCUCUCUGCUGCCAACUCAAACGUGUACUCUGGCUCCCGUAUCCUGGUUUCGCUGGCCAACGAGAGGUGCGCUCCCCAGUGGAUGACCUGGACCAACAAGUUUGGCACUCCGUACAUGGCCGUCGCGACCACCUCUGCCGUUGGCCUGCUUGCGUACAUGAACCUGUCUGAGAACGGUGGCGUCGUGUUUGACUGGCUUCUCAACAUCACCGCCGUUGCUGGCUUCAUCAGCUGGUCUUGCAUCAACAUCUGCCAUAUUCGUUUCAUGGCCGCCUUCAAGGCGCAGAACAUCCCCCGCAGCAUCCUGCCGUACCGGGCACCCUUCCAGCCUUGGCUGUCGUGGUAUGGCCUGUUCUUCAACGUCCUCAUCAUCCUGACCAACGGCUUCACUGUCUUCAUGGAGUGGAGCACCAGUGACUUUUUCACUGCGUACAUCAGCGUCCUCCUGUUCAUUGUUUUGCUUGUCGGUCACAAGAUCUUCAACCGCACGAUGCCUCUGAAGGCACACGAAGCCGAUGUGACGACUGGAACACUGCGUGCGCAAUCUUAG